AUGGAGUUCCUGAAUGUCGUUGCUGGUGAAGUUGACCAGACCUCUACAGCGACUAGCGAAAUUGGAGCAUCAUCAAGCGGGAGCGCAAGAGAGUCCGUCACCAGCUUAGAAUCAGAGGGAGACUUAUACCUUGUCGACGACCCCAGUACACACCCUGUUAUUGGCAAUGGAGCGGAGAUCGGAGGCACAUUGGAGCCCAUUGCGGUAGUUGGUCUCGCCUUGAAAUUCCCAGAUGAUGCUACAACCCCGGAGGCUUUCUGGCAGAUGCUGCUGGACAAGAAGUGCGCGUCGAAAGACUACCCGGUGGAUAGAAUGAACGUCGAUUCAUUUUAUCACCCUGAUAAGAUUGAUUCCCGCAAGAUUUCGACCCGAGGCGCUCAUUUUAUGACCGAAGAUGUUCGAGCAUUCGAUGCUCCGUUUUUCUCUAUUACCCCACAGGAAGCGGGCACAAUGGAUCCCCAGCAUCGUGGUCUACUCGAAGCUACCUACCACGCCUUGGAAAAUGCUGGAAUCGCCAUGGAUGCUAUCGCUGGCUCGGAUACAUCUGUGCACGUCGGUUGUUUCACUGCCGAUUACACCACCAUGAACUGGAGAGAUGCGCAGCAGAUUCCAAAAUACAGCGCGACGGGAACCGCAUCUUCAAUUCUGUCUAACAGACUAAGCUGGUUCUACGACCUUCACGGCGCAAGCAUGACAAUUGAUACUGCAUGUUCCAGUGGUAUGGUAGCUGUAGAUUUGGCAUGUAAUGGCAUCUGGUCCGGACAAUCAAAAAUGGCAAUCGCUGCCGGCGCCAACGUGAUAUUUACCCCGGAGCUUAACAUCGCACUAUCGAAUAUGAGCUUUCUCUCACCCGAUGCCAAAUGCUACAGCUUUGACCAUCGUGCCAACGGGUAUGCUCGAGGAGAGGGUUAUGGUGUCCUAGUGCUCAAGCCUGUUUCUCAAGCCAUACAGGAUGGUGACACUAUCCGAGCGUUGAUCAGAUCUACUGGCCUCAACCAAGACGGCCAUACACAUGGCGGUAUCACGCAACCAAGCAAAGACUUACAAGCAAGCUUAAUCAGAGAAACCUACCAGAAGGCGGGCCUUGAUAUGGAACGGACGAGGUUCUUCGAAGCCCAUGGUACUGGGACUGCAAUCGGCGAUCCACUUGAGGCACGAGCAAUCGGAGAGUGCUUCAGAAAUUACCGCAAACCUUCCGAACCCCUAUAUGUGGGAGCUGUGAAGUCAAAUAUCGGACAUCUUGAAGGUACCAGUGGCUUUGCCGGUAUUAUCAAAGCGAUCCUAGCAGUCGAGCGAGGGUGUAUACCGCCGAAUACGAACUUUGAACGAUUGAACCCCGAAAUCGAUGCAGAAUUGUUCAAUCUAGAGGGCGCGAGACGAGCAUCGGUCAACUCAUUUGGUUUCGGAGGCACUAAUGGGCACAUCAUCAUAGACGACGCAUUUCAUUACAUCCAAUCAAGGAGAACUUUGGGGCAGUAUCAGCUAGCUGCACCAUCAACGAGAAGAUUCGAUCGUCUCUUGGCGGAUCAUUGUGAUAUAGAAUCAGGAGCGCGAGAAAAGACAAAGCUUCAGCCAAGACUCUUGGUGUGGUCCGCUGCAGACAAAGCAGGCAUCCAGCGCUUGUCCGACACGUACGGCGGGUAUCUUAGGAAGCAUGCCCAGGUAACGAAUGCCACUUUCGUCGACAGGCUGGCUUACACAUUGAACAUGCGACGGACCUCACAUGCCUGGAAAGCUUUCGCCGUGGUAGACUCGUUCGACUGCAUGUCUCGUAUAGAAGAAGCCAUUUCCAGCCCCGUCCGCGCGAGCGUUGAUGAUCCUCGCCUGACGUUUGUCUUUACCGGGCAAGGAGCUCAAUGGUAUGGUAUGGGGCGGGAAUUGCUGACAUACACGGUUUUCAAGGAGAGCUUACUCCAAUCUCAAGUGUAUCUGCGAGACUUAGGGUGUCAGUGGCUACUAUUAGACGAACUUUCAAAAGACGAGCCAACAACUCGCGUCAAUGAACCUGAAUUCAGUCAGCCGCUUUGUUCUGCAAUACAGGUUGCGCUUGUUGAUUUGUAUGCGUCAUUCAAUGUCAAGCCUAACGUAGUUGUUGGACACUCAUCCGGAGAAAUUGCAGCUGCUUACUGUGCAGGCCUAUUAUGUCAAAAAUCGGCCAUCAAAGUUGCUUACCACCGGGGCGUCUUGUCCUCUAGGCUAAGCAAAAGUGGCCAAAAUUGCUCAAUGAUGUCGGUUGUGUUGUCACAGAUUGAAGCGGAAACACAAUUGAUAGAAUUGGAACAGCAGGACCCGACCUUCAAAGCUGCCGGAAUUACCGUCAGCUGUGUCAACAGUCCAUCGAACGUCACUGUUUCUGGUGAUAAAGACCAGCUAAGGCUUCUUGCGGCACACUUGGAGGGUCAAAAUGUGAUCGCGAGACAACUCAAAAUAGAUGUGGCUUAUCAUUCCCCUCAGAUGCAGCAAAUCGCUUCAGAGUAUCUGGCCGCCCUGGAAGGACUUGAGGGACGUGACUCACCGUCACGGAUAACCAUGGUAUCAUCGGUGACGGGAAAAUUGAUCGACGCUGAGAUCGCCUGCCAGAGUGAUUACUGGGUACGAAACAUGGUCUCUCCAGUAAGCUUUGCAGAAGCUAUGAGGAUCACUUGCGUCCGCUCGCAGCAAGAAAAUAUUGUCAAGAAACUUGACAGAAGUCAUGAAAGGGAAAUUAUUACGAAUUUUAUUCUGGAGUUGGGAGCUCAUUCAGCGCUCAAAGGACCAAUUCGUGACGUAGUAAAGUCUGUCGAUCGGAGCAACGAUGUAACAUACGACUCUGCCCUCGUGAGGAACCGUUCUGCGACCAUCACAUUCCUACAGUCUAUUGGCCGUUUGCACUGCCAGAACUUCGCAGUAGACCUUGCCAGAUUGAGCAAGCCAUAUGAAUCUUCCGCGAAGGCUUCGCUCGUACUUCCUGAUCUGCCUCAGUAUCCAUUUGAUCAUUCUACGAUAUACUGGGAGGAAGCCCAAAGUGACAAGAACAUGUUAUUUAGAGAAUAUCCAAGUCACGAUCUUCUCGGUGCUCAGGUCAUCGAUUGGAAUCCGAUGGAAGCUAAGUGGACUUUCUUCAUCAAGGCUAGCGAUCUACCAUGGACUGUCGACCACAAAAUCAAUGGAUCGAUCUUGUAUCCGGCCGCAGGUAUGCUUGCAGCCGUCAUCGAAGCUACCAAAUUGCUCGUCAAAGACAAAAGUCCAGUGGGAUAUGAGAUAAAGAAUGCCGAAUUCAUCGCGCCGCUACUUCUGACGACCUCUCCCAAUGGGACCGAGACUCAGAUCAGCCUCACUUCUCCUACAUCAUCUAACACAAGAGACAGUACUAAGUACUAUUUUCGAAUUUUUGGGCGAAAAUCAAAUGACGCGUGGGAAGAAGUCUGCAACGGAUCAGUUCAAGCAGACUAUGGUAGAGUUGUCUCUGAUGUGGACGAAGGCAAAGAGGCAGAUGAGUCGUCCUCUCAAUUCGAAAAGCUUCACUUAGAAGCUGCAGAGACGUGCACUCGCCCUGUGGACGAAACGAAGAUAUAUCAGCAGCUAAAGGAGGACUCUGGCAUAGAUUACGGGCCAGCCUUUCAGGUCCUCGACAGCAUGCGACAUGACGACCAAAGUGCGGCUAUUGCCAGUAUUGAGGCUUUGCGAGGAGAUCCUAAACACUCGUCUACCUCUUAUGUGAUACAUCCAACGACUCUAGAUGGCUUGUUCCAGCUCGUAUUUGUUGCUUUGACCAGAGGAGGUACAGCAUCACUGCAAACAAUGGUCCCCAAGCGAGUUGACAGGGUUUGGGUCUCUGCGUUCGAUGAGAUGGACCCAUCUCCUAUUCCUCUGCAGGUCCACGCUGACGCCCGUUUAAUGACUAGGCGGACUGCGAGGUCUCAUAUUUCGGCCCUAGAAGUCAGUAAUCAGAAGCUGGGCGUUGACAUCAACGGUCUAGAGCUUACUGCUGUUGCUGAAAAAAUAGACUCACUAACGGAAAACCAAGACGCCAAAAAGAUUUGCUAUCAUAUGUCUUGGAAGCCAGAUCUGGGAUCUAUGAACAACAAGCACAUCCUCGACUACUGCAGAAACCUCUUGCAAGACGAUCUAGACCCAAGCCAGUGGUUUCAAGACCUCGAGCUUCUACUUCUCUCAUAUGGGGCACAGGUUUCGAUGAAAGGCAGUGUCUUAGAGCAAAAUCAGUCCGAACACCUAAAAAAGUAUGCAUUCUGGCUUCAGAAGCAACUGAAUCGAUUCCUUUCGUCGGCGCCUGUAGAAAGCCGUGAGCAACUAGGAGGUAUCCUGCUGGAUAGGGCACAUCACCAGGCACUAGUCAAGCGGGUCAGUGUCAACAAAAGAGGCCAACUCCACGUGAUGAUAGGGGAGCGACUUCAAGACAUGUUGAUAGGCGACGUCGAUCCGCUACAUCUCCUUGUGGGGGAGCAUGACCACCUCACAGACUUCUACACUGAGAUGAUCACAAGCUCUCAGGCGUUUGAUCGACUGGGGAGAUACUUAGAGUGUCUCGUUCACAAGAAUCCAGACCUAGAAUUUCUCGAGGUCGGAGCUGGGACUGGUGCAACCACUGGAAUAUUACUAAAGACCCUAGGAGGUAUGGCGACUCCAUUUUUCCGACGUUAUAACUUUACCGAUAUCAGCCCUGCAUUCACCGAGAAGGCACGAGAUGCGUUCAGCGAGCAAAAGCGAAUGACAUUUUGUGCACUAGAUGUGGAGCAGCCUCUUGGUGAUCAAGGCUUUUCUGAAGGUCAGUACGACGUAGUCGUUGGGUCACUAGUAUUGCACGCCACGAAAGAUCUUGGAAAUACUCUUCAGAAUGUUCGAAAACUUUUGAAACCUGGCGGCAAGCUGAUUUUCAUGGAGUUGACCAUGCCCGAAAGCAUCAGAACGGGCUUCAUCUUUGGCCUUCUUUCGGGCUGGUGGCUAGGCUGUGAGCCAUAUAGACAGGAGAGUCCUUGUAUUUCACUGGAUCGGUGGAGCCAGUUAUUACAAUCGAAUGGCUUCUCUGGGAACGACCUGGUGUUCAAUGAUUAUCAGUCGGAAGAUUGUCAAAUGUGGAGCGUAAUUGUCUCCACUGCCAUUACGGAAGCUGCCACAGAGUUGCCCUCAUUGCCUGCACCGAAAUACAUUUUGGACAAGGGAAUCCAAGAGCAACGAGACUUGGCGGAGAUACUAAUAGAAACCUCAAGCGUUCCGGAUCAUUCUUCAUCUAUGCUCAGCUUAGAGGAAGCAGCCUCAGCUUCCGACCUGGACAAACAGCAUUAUGUAAUGCUUCUCGAUUUGUCCAGUGAUGUUCUUUUCGACAUGAUGCCGACAGUUUUUACUGAUGUGCAAAGGAUCCUCACUUCCUCACAAAGCUUGCUAUGGGUAACAAGAGGAGGCUCAAAGGCGCCGCCAAAUCCCAACCACGGAAUCUUUAAAGGCUUGAGCAGAACGUCUCGUAACGAGAAUCCAAAGACGGCUAUUGUCUCAGUCGACCUGGAAUUUUCCAAUGAGCAGUCAGCUACCCAGCGUGAUGCAGCCUUGAUCCACGACGUUUUCCAAAAAACUAUUUGUGGACUAGCUCAGAGGCUUUUCGAACCAGAAUAUAGAGUACGUGACGGUCACUUGCAGAUCAAUAGACUGGUAGAAGCACCUGAGUCAAAUGAACACAUAUUCCAGAGAACCACGCAACCAGUCCAAUACCGCAAAUUGGAAGGAUCUCCGCCCCUCAAGCUCAAUGUCAAGACACCUGGUCUCCUGGACUCUCUGGAGUUUACCACGGACACGUCUUUCGAAGAGCCACUUGCUCCGGACGAGAUAGAAAUCGAUGUGCAAACAAUCGGUGUGAAUUUCAAAGAAUGCUUGAUUGUUCUCGGGCGAGUGCAAACGGACAAGUUAGGCAGCGAAUGUGCUGGAAUCGUUACUGCCGUGGGCUCGCAGUGUAAAAGUGUGCAAGAGGGUGAUCGCGUGGCUCUAUGUGACCUCAAUUGCUACAAGACGCGAAUACGAGUAAAAGAGAUACAAGCCGUCAAGAUUCCUGACACGAUGUCAUUCGUGGAAGCUGCGAGCAUUCCCACUGCCUUUACGACCGCUUAUUACAGUCUUGUCGAAGUAGCGCGCCUAGAAGAAGGGGAGUCAGUGCUUAUUCAUGCUGGUGCUGGCGGGACUGGUCAGGCAGCUAUACAGGUUGCUAAGCAUGUCGGUGCGGAUAUAUUUGCAACUGUGGGGUCCCUGAAGAAGAAGAGCUUGUUGAUGGAUACGUACGACAUUAAGGAGGAUCAUAUCUUCUAUAGCCGCGAUACAUCGUUUGCUGAUGGUAUUAAACGAGUGACUGGGGGUCGAGGGGUCGAUGUGGUACUAAAUUCCUUGUCUGACGAGGGCCUGAGAGAAUCUUGGGAAUGUGUGGCUGACUUCGGUCGCUUCAUCGAGAUUGGCCGCAAAGACAUUGAUGCUCGUGGCUCGCUGCCGAUGCAUCCAUUCAUCAAGAAUCUGUCGUUCAUUGGUGUCGAUUUAGCUGGUAUUGCCGAGCAACGACCAGCAGUCGGUCACAGAAUUUUACAGAAGGCGAUGGAUCUUUUCGAGGCUGGGGUGUUUCGUACUCCAUAUCCGCUUCAAACAUACGGGCUUGAUGGCAUUGAGAAGGCUUUCCGCUUCCUGCAAAGCGGGAAGGGCUCCGGAAAGGUCGUGCUGGAAAUCAGACAGGACGCAGAGCUUCCAAUCGUGGCUCCUCCUACAUCUGGCUACAGCUUCGAGCGUGAUGCAACCUACCUUAUUGCUGGUGGCCUAGGUGGGAUUGGUCGAAGCAUUGCACGCUGGCUGGUACAGCGAGGGGCACGACAUCUGAUCCUACUGUCUCGAUCAGGUCCUCAGAACAACGAGCCCGCUUUAGCUCUACUGAAAGACCUGCGAGAAUUAGACGUCAACAUCGAGUGUCCAACGUGCGAUAUCAGUGACCUUCAUGCCCUCCAAACCGUUAUCCAGCAAUAUUCUCGCACAAUGCCACCCAUCAAGGGCUGUUUCCAAGCCUCCAUGGUCCUCCGAGACGCAACCUUCGCCCGCAUGACCCACACCGAAUGGACGCAAAGCACAUCCCCCAAAAUCCACGGCUCCUGGAACCUCCAUCUUGCCCUCCCCACGGGCCUCGACUUCUUCAUCCUCCUUUCCUCCGUCUGCGGUGUCUUCGGAAACGGCGGCCAAUCCAACUACGCCGCGGGCAACACAUUCCAAGACGCCCUAGCCGCCCACCGCGUCUCGUUGGGCGAGAAAGCCAUCUCCCUCGACCUAGGCAUCAUCCUGGACCAAGGCUUUGUGGCGGAGAACACGCAGGUCAUGGAGCAUCUGCUGCGGCUGAGCUUGCUGAUGCCGAUAUCCCAAGCUGAGCUGUUCGCAUUGCUGGAUUAUUACUGCAACCCAGGCAGGGAGGUGGUGGACCCCGUGCAGAGUCAGGUCAUCACAGGCUUGGAGUUACCAGCUGAUCAGCGCGCGAAGGGGAAGGACGUCCUCGUCGCGAUGCAGCAGCCGCUUUUCAGCCAUAUGGGCGCUAUGGACGCUACCCUCGCCCCCUCCACCACCACAACCUCCUCUUCCUCCAGCUCCACGGCCCUCGACCUCCGCAAGCAAUUCCAAUCCGCAACCUCGCCCGCUGAAGCCGCAGACGUGGUUUCAGAAGCCCUGAAAGCGAAAUUGAGCAGGAUCCUGGGCGUGGAUUAUGAUAGUAUUACGUUGGAUAGUAGGAUUGAGAGUUUUGGGGUCGAUAGCCUUGUUGCGGUCGAAUUGAGGAAUUGGUUGGCCAAGGAGGUGGAUGCUGAUGUGGCGGUCUUUGAGAUCCUCGGGGCUGCGACGGUGAGGGGCGUGGGUGUCUGCGUGGCGGGUAAGAGUGGGUUGAGGGGUGGGAAGGGGGACGGGGGAGGGGAGGGGAAGGAGUGA